AAGAGUAUAGAAGCAUAUGAUGAUCAUUAUGGUCACAAAUACUGAAAUAAUACUCAAUACAAAUAUUUUUAUUUAUACCUGAACUACCUGAACAAAUUUUUAAAGGGACAGUUUAUCCAAUAAUAAAAAAAUCUGUAAAUUUCAGAAAUUGUCUUUACUAGCUUUAUGGGCCUUAAAAGUGUUUGUGGCAUUGCUGACUUUGGGAGGGGCUGUUAUCAGGGAAUUCCAUCAAAAAUAUCUUUACUUGGGUUUCAAAGAUGAACAAAGGUCUUAAGAGUGUGGAACGACUUGAGGGAGAAGCAAUUUAUAUAAAAGAAAUGUAUUAUUGGGUGACUAUCCCUUUUACUUUAUUUUUUUAAUAAUUUAAAUUAGGGCCGGGACUUUAACGCGUUAAUUAAGAUUAAUUAAUUACACAAAAAUUAACGCGUUAGACAUUUUAACGCAUUUUAAUCGCACUUAUUUUUGCACCGCGGAACGUUUCUCACUGGACGAGUUGCGCCAGACCGAUUAUACUGGAGCACCAACUAGCGUUCAGACAACAACAACAAACCGCAGUGAACAUGAACGAAGGAGCUGAUGAGACCGCUUUGGUUGGCCCCGUGGAUGGGAAAUUUAGUUAUAAAAAACGAACGGAUGGAAGUGUCGAUAAGAGCAUGGUUAUAUGCAAGAUAUGCCACAAGGAAUUCGCAUAUCACCGCAGCACAUCGAGCCUUAAGUAUCACCUAAGUGCCAAACAUAUAGCAGCUAGCGUGGACGUAAGCCCGACUCCGAGUAGUUCGAGGACCCACACCCAACCCACACUCCACCAGAUGACUGGUUUAAGGACCAGGGUAACUAAGUCCACGUCUGAAAAAAUAACAAACGGCCUGGCUCACUGGAUUGCACUCGACUGUAGACCACUUGGAGUGGUUGAAGAUAAAGGCUUGCAAAAAGUACUACAGAUUGCGUCGUCUGACACAACAUACGAGCUGCCAUGCAGAAAGACAGUGACAAAAAGAGUCCAGCACCUUUAUGACACUGAAAAGGCAGAUAAAGAGAAUUUAUUGGAGAAAGCCGAGUGUGUUGCCCUGACUGGGGAUCAUUGGACCUCGGUAAGCAAUUCAAAUUACCUCGGUGUGACGGCACACUUUAUUGACGUCAAGUGGCGUCUUCACUCAUUUGCCUUAACUAUUCAGAAAACCACCGCUAGGCACUUUGCUGAAAACGUGGCAGAAGAUUUUGAGUCUGUGGCAGAGGCAUGGGAAAUCACACAAAAAGUCACCACAAUCGGAACAGACAGUGCCCGAACGAUGAUGGCUGCAAUGAGACGGCUCACAUUCCAACACAUGCCGUGUGUUGCUCACGUGUUGCAGAGGACCAUCACAGUUUGCCUUGCUGACAGCGGGUUCACAGCCACAUUGGCAAAAUGUCGUAAAAUAGUGGGGCAUUUUAAACACAGCCCCUCAAACACAGAGGAACUGCACAAGGAGCAAACACAACUAGAACAAGACGAAGAGCCACUGAUACAGGAUGUUUCCACAAGGUGGAAUUCAACACUGUUUAUGAUCUCUCGUCUGCUGCGGAAUCAAGAGGCUGUGAAGCUUACUCUAGCCAAACAGAAGCACAAGCUCACCAUGUUAACAACAGCAGAGUGGGACAGACUGCAGAGGCUCGAGACCCUCCUUAAACCAUGCAGAUAUGUGACUGAGCUCCUUGGGGGGGAGACUUAUGUCUCGUGCUCUGUUGUGUUACCUGCUCUCCGCCACCUGACCCACAUCAUGGAGGUCUCAGAUGAUGACCCAGCCUAUGUGGUGAGGUUCAAGGGUGACUUUAAAAAGGACCUGUCUCAACGCCAAGAUACCCUCAAUCUUGGAUGGCUCAGGGUGGCUACAGCACUCGACCCCCGCUUUAAGGACCUAAAGUGUCUACCAAGAGGAGAGCGAGAAGGGGUGUGGACCAGCAUUGAGGCACUGCUGCGAAUAGAACCAAACAGAGCCACUCCAGAACCCACAGAGGAGCCAGCAAGGAAGAGGAGCCUCCUACUGUUUAAUUCAGACUCUGAAUCAGAGGAUGAAGAGAGGCACAACGUGGCUCUGGCUCGCUACAGGGCAGAGCCCACCAUCAGUGAGACAGACUGCCCUCUGCAGUGGUGGUCCACUCAUGAGGGAGCACAUCCACAGCUUUCUGCCCUGGCUCGCAAGUAUCUGGGCAGCCCUGCCACUUCUGUCCCUUGCGAGAGACUUUUCUCACAGGCAGGCAACAUUGUUCAAAAAAAAAGGGCAGCCUUGAGCUCUGAAAAUGUGAACAGGCUAGUGUGUCUCAGCAACUGGCUAAAAGAGAAGGAGAAGUAGUAGUCAUAGAUGUAUCCUGAGGCCAAUGGGGUUGUUGUUACUGAAAUGUUGAUUAAACAGUGGCCUAAGCAAAUGAGAGAUUUAUUUUUCAUCAGGAUAUUGGAAGAAUAGGGACUGAGGUCAAUCACUGGCACUUUAUUAUUUUAUUUUAAAUGGUACACUUUAUGUUGAACUAUGUAUUAUGUUGUUGGUGCAACUGGCACUUUAUUAUUUUAUUUUAAAUGGUACACUUUAUGUUGAACUAUGUAUUAUGUUGUUGGUGCAACUGGCACUUUAUGUUGAACUCUUUAUUGGUUUGGCCAAGUUUAUUGAGAGUUGGACUGAAAUUAACUUUAUUUUUUAACCAGCUGUUGGUAAAUCAACAAAGUCUGUUAUGGCCUCUGAAGCAACAGAGAGAUGUUUUCUAAUAGUCAGGGGUUCCAAUGUUCUGACUGAAUUUACUUGAAAGUUUUGUGUUUUACUUAAAAAAACAUAGUUUACAAAAGGUCUACCUACCUAUAGGCUGCCUGAAUUUUUGAAAUGUUCUACAUUUCUUUCUAAAUGUGUUAUUGCUACACUUAAUGGCAAAAAUUGCACUAGUCUGUUUGACUUGGUUGAACAAAAAUAAACAAUAUUUUGUUGCUUAAGCUUAUGUAUUCAGUCAUUAUUCAAUGGUAUACAAAAACUCCAUGUGAAAAAAAUAACUUCUCACUGUUCUCAGGUCAAAUUUUAAUAUGCAAUUAAAAUGCGAUUAAUUU